AUGGUAUUACAGUAUCAACCUCAUACAUAUCGUACGAGUUCCGGGCCCAAAACGCUCGUCACUGGUGAUUUCAAUAGCGAUUCGUAUAUAGAUUUAGCUAUUACGAAUUAUAUUGAUGAUACACUAAGUAUCCUGUUAGGAAAUGGGGAUGGAACAUUCCAGACACAACAAAUAUAUGUAUUCGAGAGAGGAUCUCGCCCUUGGGGAAUAACAACUGCUGAUUUCAACAAUGAUACUGUAUUAGAUCUAGAGAAUUUUCCAUUCGUUGCACCAGCAAACAUAUAUGCCUUCUAUAAUAAAGAAUCUGUACCAGGUGAAAUUCAAGCUGGUGACUUGAAUAACGACGGAUUUUCUGAUCUAGCUGUAUGCAUUCUACCAAAUGAGACAUCAAAUGGAUUUAGUAUCUAUCUGAAUCAAGGAGAUAACACUCAACAAUUUCAGCAACCAGUCCUGGGAUUCGACUAUAUUGUAGACGGUCUAAUCUCCGUAGCUAUUGGAGAUUUUGAUAAUGACGGAAAACAGAAUGAUUUUACUGGUAUAAAAACUGAUGGUUCCGCUAGGACCAUAUAUUCAAUUGAUUUUAGUGAUAUAAAUGGAUUUUUUGACAGCAGAAUCUCAAUGUACGCAUAUCCGUCAUCAUUAAUUCGAGGUCGAUUUAAUUGGGACGAGUUAGACGAUCUCGCACUUAUCUCUCCUCAGUCUGACACAAUGCAGAAUCUACUAGCUUAUGGAUAUCAAACAUUCACUCAACACAUUUAUCUGACAGAUGCAUAUCCAACAUCCAUCGCUCGAAUCAAUUUCAACAAUGAUUCGAUUGAUGAUGUAGCUGUGUUGAAUUGCAGUGGAACUGUGACCAUUUUUGUUGGAACAGAUAUCGGAAUCUUUCAUCGCAGUUCUCUACCUUUUCCAGUGAACAAAGGAAGCCGCGGAGAUUGUGCUCGGUCACUAGUUGUCGCUGAUUUCAAUAAAGAUGGCAAAGAUGAUAUGGCUUAUAUUGAUCCCGAGGCAGGAAGUAUAUCAAUUGAAGGAGAGUAUUUACUUGAUUUAAUUAACGUUUAUUGUCUUCCGGGAAAUAUUAUUUAUUCAAUAAUUGAUUCGAAUGAUGAAACAAUGUCAACAAUAUCAUCAUCAACAUCAAAAACUUCAUCAUUUAAAAAUUUAGAAAAAUAUCGUGAAAAAAAAUAUUCAAAUGUUAAAUUAGUACCAUUAAAUAAUCAAUUAGAUGGUCAACAUCUUUUAUUGAAAUUAACUCAACUUAAAUUAAUUAAAAUAAAUAAAUCAUUUUCAAGAUCUUAUUUAUUUGCUCAAGAUUUUUCUUAUUUAGAUUCAAAAUCAUCAAAAAGUACAUUAAAAUUAAGUGGAUAUUUACGUGGAAUUGACUUAUCACCAAAUAAUCUUGUCUAUACUCCAAAUUUAGGAACAUUUCAAUUAGAAAAAAUUGAACAACAUCGAUUUCAAUGA